UUUUUUUCUUUCUUUUUUUCUUUCAAGACAAUGUCAUCUGCCCUUUGAGAAGUGAAAAAGAAGCCAACAGUCUAUUGAGUUCAUUCUUGUUACAAGGAUGGGUAACUAGUAUUUGAUAUUUUUGUGAUGACUUAUUCGAUGACUAGAUCAUGACAGAUUCUAUCUGUCAUCAAGAAGGUUGUCAUUUUCCUUUAAUGAAAUCUAAAGAUGGUUCACUCUCGUUCUGUACACAUCACGAUCCACUUCCUAAUCAAGGUGCUAGUCACAACUAUAAAGACAAUAAGAACGUGUCUAUUCCAGUAGAGACAAAAGAAAAAGAAUCUGUUCUUGAUGAUGGAGAAGAAGAACUAAAACUACGUCGUCAAAGAAGAGAACAGUCUUCAAAAGCAUCUCAAUUGAUUGGUCAAAAAAUGCUUCAACGUUGGGCUUUAUUAAAUGAACAUUGCCCUAAUACAUCAUGUUAUGCGGUUCCCUUAGUCCGUAACCCAGAUACUCAACAAAUGUAUUGUGUCAUUUGCGAGAAUAUCAUCCUAACUGAACAAGAAGCAUUAGAAAAGAAACUAAAAGAAACCCCAAAGCCAGUAUCUAUUAAAGGAGUACAAUCUAUUGAAAAAGCACAAUCCAUUCAACAAGAACCUAUCAAACAAGAACCUAUCAAACAAGAACCUACCAAACAAGAACCUACCAAACAAGAACCUAUUCAACAUCAACCUAUCAAACAAGAACCUGCCAAUCCCAUCCCUUCUCAAGCCACUAAACGUCAAAAAGUAGACACAUUCCCCUCUGAUUCUGUGGUUGCCACUCUGUCUGACAAAUUGAAUGAAUUGACAGAAAGAGUCAAGACCAGCCAUGAUCCCAUUGAAUUAAGCCAACUAUUCAAAUCCAUCAAACAAUGUGCAGGUGCUAUUCAAGCCUGUGUAGAAGCAAGCAGAUGGUGUGAUAAGAUGACUCUUUAAUUCGGCAAACGAAUUUAUCCGGAUAAAAAAGUGCCUGAAUUACCAUAAAAUAUUUUUUUUUCUUUU